CCAGCAUUCUCUAAAUGCACCUUUAGUUAUAACUGUCAUUUGUAGAGGACAAGUAUGUUAAACUUAUCAGUGUUAAUCCUUUUCCUUGGAAUUAUUAAUGCAAUCGCUGACAAUGUGUUGUAUAACAAAUUUCAACGGCGGGAAAUGACGCCAAUGGAUCCAGAAGGGAUGAGUGAUAUUUAUGAUUUGUUGAGACGGGAGAGAGUCUGGGAAAGAAUGGACGGCUGGGAACGCCCAGUGGUUUCAUCCACACAGGCUCCUGAUUAUAUUGCUAUGGAUUUACAUUUUUUACCCUUGAUAAAACAAGAAGUACAAGUAUUUGAGUUCCAUGCUCGAUUUACAACUGAUCCAACUCGACAGUAUGAAAUAUCAUCUGUAGAUUUUGUGGCUAAUACAAAUUUGAUGAACAUCCAUAUUAAAGUUGAACAUGGUGGAACCGAAUUAUAUCUUCAAGCGAAUAGCUGUGGAAAAGGAAUAUGUUUACUUCACCAAGAAGAUAGUCGUGUUCAUCGAAUUGUUCUCAUUCAAGAUAUUUCAAUCGCAAAUACAUUUAAUGGAAAUAGUUAUCUAAUCGGACUUAAACGCAUAUUCAUGCAAGCGAGUUUCCAUGAUAUCAUAUCCGUGGAACUAAACUAUCCGAGACGUCGUGGGGACGACAGAGGUCAAGUUUAUAACACUGUUAGUCCUUCUUUUACCCUGAACUACGAUCUUGAAGAUAUACGAUAUGUCCCAACACAAGCAGGGGUUAUUAAUUUAGUUACCCAUAUAUCAAGUCAAAAUGCCAGUAUGAAUCAUUCACAAAUGACCGCCUAUGUCAUUGGAAUAGGUGAAGCCGAUGUUCCAAGUUUAAAGGGUAAAAUGGAUAUAAAAAACGAUACUAAUGUGGAUUAUGAAGUCUUGCUGGAUUUAGCUAAUCCGAAUUAUAAUGAUUCAAUGCUACUAUCCAGCAUCCUUUUGAAUACUUUGGGUCACCCAACCAACCUUUCGGUCUAUAUCGACGUUUAUCGACUUUAUCGCAUAUUCCCAAAUACUGAAUGGUCGCCCAAACCGAUCCGGGAACUCAAUUUGGGAUGUCGUUUGAAUAACAAUGAAGAACAUUAUGUAAUAGGUGAUGUAGCACAGAUUCAAUGCUGGGUUUUUGGCCCUUGGUCGCCAGAAAUUCGUUGGUACAAGAAGGUGAACGGUGUCAACACGACAUUGGUGGGAUUUGAUGUUAACGUCUACCCAGCUCCUUAUUUUACAGAGACCACUAUUACAUCAUAUGAUAUCAGUCGACUUGAUGCUGGGGACUACAUGGUGACGGCAUCUUUACCAGAGAUUGCACUUUCCUCUUCAUAUAGUUUCAGAAUUAACAUUUUUGAAGAGCAUGUUCGAGUAAAGAUGAGUCAUCGACGAGAAAACGGGCAGAUAGUCGUAACCUGUUCGUCAACAGGUAGACCACGUCCUAGCUUAUCGUUCUACAGAACAACGUAUGAUGUGGGCAAAGCAAAAACGGCUGCAGUCAACAAUAACGAUAGUCUUACUGUCCGUGAGACUAACACAGCCGGUAAUCAGACAACUAGGGAACUGGUUAUCAAAGAACCUCGGACAUUCGAUUAUCAAGACAUUGUUUUUUUCAUUACCUGUGUUGCGACCAACCAAUAUGAGACAUCUGAGUAUGUGGCAUAUUUUGUAGAAUUUGAUAUGCAUAACUUUUCAUAAUGAUUAUGUCCGCAAUCCUAUACUUUCAUUUUUGAGGGAAGUUCACACAUUUGAAAUGUAUAUCGUAGGCUGCAUCUAUGUUAUAUUUUAAAGCGCUAAGCUUCUUUUGAAAUUUGUUCUAUUUUGAUUUCGAAUAAGCUAAUUUAUUAAGUGUUUCGGUAAUCCAUUCACAUUAUUGUUAAAAUGGAUCUGUCUGUCUGUCUGUCCGUCCGUCCGUCUGUCUGUCCGUCACACUUUUUGGGACACAAUAACUCUCCUAACUGAGCUAGAAUGUUCAAACUUGGUGUAGGUGUUUAUUUGGUCGAUGUCUUGAUGGAGUUCGACGAUGAGCGUUUUCUGCUUAGGGUAAGCAGAGAUAAGCAAUUUGAUUGGUUGAUGCUUUGGGACACUGUAACUUCAGUUCUAAUGAAGUGAGAGUGAUGAAACUUGGUGUAUAGUUUCAUCACAUUAAUACCUUGACUAAGUUACGAUCAAACUAAAAUAUCCAAAUAUCAGUCUCUCACCUAAGUUAAAACAUAAAGAUAUCAACAAAAUACCACCCGCACAUCACGUGUUAUUAACUUAAUGCAGUCUAAUUGGUUGAUCAUGUGCAAAGUAAUAGCUGAGCUUUUAAUAGACUUUAUUGUGAUAAAACUUGUAGUAAACAUAUAUAUAGAUUAGUUUCGAACAUCUCAUGAACGUGAAUAAAUCAUACUACGUCUCUAGCACAUUACCCUACUUCAAUCUGACUGGUAAAUGUGUAUGAAUGUUAUAUUCACUGUAAUCUGUAUCCUUCCAGUGAAGACAUAUCCACUGUUAAGUUCCUGGGAGAAAUCAUCUUGUAUUAGUAUAGUAUAUAGCUAACACUAAAAUCGGUAAUAUCUCAACUUUUGAUUUAUUUGCGGAGUUAAUAUUAAACGGGUAGGAAAAACCUAUUCCGUAAGUCAACUUUCAGUAAAUCGACAUCACUUUUGUUAUCGAGGUUUUGCUUGCCUCUGGGAUUUCAUAUCUUUAAUCACGUACAGUAAUCCAGUUGUCUUUGCUUUAAUAUGAGACAUUAUUCUCCUCCAUAAUGUGCUUUUUACCUUCCUCAUGUAACCAAGCUCCGUUUCUUUUGUUGUCAU